UCUUCCCCUCUUUCUGCUGACCCAUCAAUCUGCUUCCCCCAGGACUUGUGCCGGGAGCUACAUGCCAAGGUGGAGGUAGUAGACGAGGAAAGAUACGACAUUGAGGCCAAAUGCCUCCACAACACCAGGGAGAUUAAGGACCUGAAGCUGAAGGUGCUGGACCUCCGGGGGAAGUUUAAGCGCCCACCUCUGCGCCGUGUCCGUGUCUCUGCUGACGCCAUGCUUAGGGCCCUCCUGGGCUCAAAGCAUAAGGUGUCCAUGGAUCUGAGGGCCAACCUCAAGUCUGUGAAGAAGGAAGACACGGAGAAGGAGCGGCCGGUAGAGGUGGGUGAUUGGAGAAAGAACGUGGAGGCCAUGUCUGGCAUGGAAGGUCGGAAGAAGAUGUUUGAUGCUGCCAAGUCUCCAACCUCACAGUAGAGGCAUGAUCUCCAGCCCGGCUUGCUGUGUUGCACUCUGGGCUCCUGCUUCAGACUCCUUCCUCUAGUCCUGCUCACCACUCUGCCACAUCUGGAACAUCCCCUGUGCCCUCCCAACCUGCAUGCCCUCCCCUUGAACUGGGAUGGAACAGACAUGCAAGAGAGGAGAAACAGUGUCUGAGACCUCACCUCAGCAGAGUGAACUUCCAGCCCCUACAAGGCCCCACAGCUGCCCAACCACCCCAUGAUGCAGCAAGUUAAGGACGAGAGCAGGGAGACCACCUUCCCUGCAGCCUUGUGUGGCCUCCCUCCAAUGCUGCUGUGACUUGUAGUGACCACAGGCAUCACAACCUCUCCAUUAAAAACCUGGUUUCUGGAUUGGAGGUAUGGUUCAAGUGGUAGAGCACCUGCUUUGCAAGUGUGAAAUCCUGAGUUCAAAUUCCAGUCUUACGAAAAAACAAAACAAAACAAAACAUUGGUUUCCUGGUCAUUUCCAUAUCUUUGAAGUGAAUACUCAGAAGAAAGGGAAGACAGGAAGUCUGCGAAGAAAGGGUUGGACUGGGCUCCAGGCAUUGUUCACAGUCAGGAGCUGGGGAUCAGAAUGGAGGGCUAAGGAUUGGUGGCUGUCUGCUAAGGUCCCCAGGCCUUCUCCCAAGUCCCAGUGACCUCACACUUACACCUCACCAUCCAGGACUCUCGGCUUACCAAAACCCUGACCUCUGAGAAGAGCCUGGUCUCACCCUCCAGACUCCAGGCAUCUCCGUUCAGUUGCCUGCCUGGCCUAUUUCAUGCUCUCUUGCCUUUGCAAAAGUGGAUCAUUUAGUGUUGUUGGAUGUACCUGACUGUCCUGUACUAAAAGGACAGGCACUUUCAACCCUGCACCUGCACAGGACAUGAGUUGCUUUGCACCUUGGCCCUUCCAGAAGGAACUCCUUGCAAUUCCAAGCUGGGCCACCAGGUGGUUCCUUUCCUCUGUGUCUCUGGAACGCUCCAGGUCCUUCUGGUCCUUGUUCUUUCCUAUCAAUUACUUCCCCUCACACUUCUGCACUGGUUGUGUUCCCCAGACUAUUCUUUCUCCAAGGUGGGGCAGCCAGUGGGCUGUCUUCUGGGUCAGGUCUUUUCUCCACUUCCCUGACAUCUGGAUCCUAAGCUUGGGGUGCAAGACUGCUGGGGUGGUAUAAGGGACAGCUCCCCCAUCUCCCCACACACUGAGGAGAGCAGAGACCAAAGUCUGGGCCAGGGUGGAGCUAAGCCUACGGGGAAGUGACUGGUCCAGGACCCUCAGCUCUUUGGCUUUGAUCGCACAGUGUUGGUUCCAAAACAGGUUGAGCUGUCUGAGCAGUUCCUCUUUCACUCCCCCACCUCCACUGAUGCCUGUUCUGCUCUCUGAUCCCUGUGUAUUACCUGCCAUAAACAGACGCUGGUGCAAAGUGCAUUGGUGCAUUACUGUCACCCUGUGGGGCCCACUCUGCCUGCCAGCCCCCUCCAAGGACUGUGGCAGUGGGGACCAGCAAGUUGGGAUGCACUAGGGAAGGCAGCAAUCUGCACGGGGCUCUUGUUGCAAACAGGUCAGUGGGCAGAGGCAGACGUGUGCAAAGAGCACACCUUCUACCAUGCACACGCCCUCAGGCACAGACAGACCUAGUCACAUACAGGCAGCUGGGGAGCCUGAUGGGGCUGGUUGGUGCUACAGCACACAGGGUGAGGCUUCAUGCCCAGACAGCCACAAAAACCCAUCCUUCUCUGCCUCACAGGGCUCCUUCUGGUUGGCCCCAUGCCACAGCAGGUCUCUGUGCUUUGUCUCUUCCCAACCCUUUGAUAGUUCUAGAGCCAAAUCCCAAGUUCUAGAGCCAAAUCUCAGUCUGCCAAUUGACUAGUAAACUGGGGCCCUGGCACACUGGGUCUCCACCCUUUUCUACAGAGGUGAGAGAACAAUCCCGAGCCUGACUCAAAGCAAACACAGGGGUGCAGAGGGCUCCUGGAAGGAGAGGGUGGGGCCCCUAACACGCCCAAGCCUAUGGCCUUCUGGGAGAGGGCAGAGGGCCCAUCCAGAGAACUCCUGGAGGUCACUGGGCUGCUGCUUCUGCUUCCUGUUUCCCGAACCAUCUCCUUGAGGAUGAAUGGAGAACAAAUGUUAGGCACCAGCACUUAAUGAGCCUGUGAGGGAAGACUGAGAGCCUGUGUGGGUGGGAGUGCUAUACCAUAGGGCUCCUUAGGGUAGCAGGAACUCUGUGGAGGACUCUAUAUUGUAGCCAUGAGCAGGGCCUGGCCGGAGACAUGGUCUCUGGAAUACCCUGAUUCCUCUCUCAUGGAGGCCCAUGCAAUCCAGCCUGGCUCCAGGUGAGCAGGGCUGGGAGUUGGGGCUGCCCACUGACUGGGAGCGCCCGUGCACAGCACGUGACUAUGUGCCAGGCACGGCAAUCACUUAACCUUCACACAGAGCCAUGGCAAAACACUGUGACCACCUUCAGUCUGGCUAUAGAGGGGGCCCUGAGUACAGAGAAGCUAAUGACUUCCCACGAUCAUACAGCAAGUGGUGCGUUAUGACUUUGCCCAGGAAAUCUGUCAGCAUCCAUAUUGUAUUCACUAAUUCUAUGAUGCUAUUUCAAUAAUAACAGUAAUAAGCAUAGCAUGCCAGAUGCUUUAGCAGAACUUCAUCAUUGCCUCUUCUCAAACCACAGAAGUACAUACCACUAUCUCACAUUUCUGGGGGAGGGAUAGAGCCCUGGAGGGCUUGGGACAAUCACUAGAAGGUGCAGGGUUUGACAGCUGCAGGCUCAUGUGCCUCUGGGGAUGUCCUUUUCUGGGAACAGUCUCACUUCAACAGAGCCCAACCAGCCUCUGUCCAGGAGGGAUCUGCCUGGACUCAGGGUUCCUGCAUAUGCACUGGGAGAGUUUCCAUAUCCCCCUGCAUAGAGGAAAGGUAAGAUGCAAAUGACACCCAAAUGGGCAAGGUGACACAUUUCCCCAACAGUAGGGCAUGGGUUUUUGGAUGGAGGCAUGGGGGGCUUUUUGGGAAUGUCUGUGAAGAAUCAACACACAUCAGCCCAGUGGGCAUCCCUUUCUCUGCAGCUGGGGAUGGGCUUGGUGCUCUUUCCUCCUGGGUAGGAACAACCAGGCAGGAUGCCUCUGCUAUCACCCUGCCUGUCCUGGAGCCCUCAGAUGUCCACCCCCCCUUUCCCCAUGAGGUGCCCCAGGGGCCAGGGGCCCAAGCCCAGCAGUAUGUCUGGAGCACACUUGGCAGCAGGGGCGCUCAGGGCAGG